AGAUGUUCCAGACCCUCUACGGCCAGACCGCUGCUGCCCUCUACGCCAAGGCCGCCGGCCAGAACGCCCAGGCCCGUCAGCUCUACAACGCCUCUGCUGACACCUACUACAAGGCUAACGAUGCCGCUGCCUACGACGACUGGGUCCGCGCUCGCAACCACUGGGACUACUUCUACAACCGCUCGUAAAUUCUGAGCAUUGAAUAAACCUUAUUGAAUUUGAA